AGGAAGAUAGGGAUAAUGAUUCUUUACAUAAAUAACUGGACUGUUGAUUGUGCAUCUGCUGUUAUAUUGUGAACAGAUGCUCUAGAUUUCGUUCAGCAUAUUUACAGAAAGUGAUAAAACAAGAAAGAACUUGGCGUAAACUUUAAAUGGGUUAUUUGAAGGUGAAAAUGGGAGUGUGGCUGACUCCUACAGAGCAUUUAUUCACAUGUCACUCUUCCUUCACCUAAAGCAUUAUUUAUUUCUCUCUUUAAUGCAGCACACUGAUAAGAUUGCACAGCUUGUGAUCCUACUCUGUCAUUUGAGUUCAGCAUCAGCUGCCUUUUUCCUGGUCCCUGCAAGAUGCCAGCAGCCCUUGCAGAGAACAGCCAGGUUAUCUGUGAAGUAUGGGCCAACAACCUGGAGGAAGAGAUGAGGAAAAUUCGGGAGAUUGUUCUGAGUUACAGCUACAUUGCCAUGGACACAGAGUUCCCUGGAGUUGUUGUCAGACCGAUUGGUGAAUUCCGCAGCUCCAUAGAUUAUCAGUACCAGCUCCUUCGCUGUAACGUUGACCUGCUGAAAAUUAUCCAGCUGGGCCUGACUUUCACAAAUGAGAAGGGGGAAUAUCCUUCUGGCAUCAACACCUGGCAGUUCAACUUCAAAUUCAACCUUACUGGUUAUGACUUUGGCUACAUGGUGAAGUUGUUGACAGAUUCAAGGUUACCAGAAGAGGAACACGAAUUUUUCCAUAUCUUAAACCUUUUCUUCCCAUCUAUCUAUGAUGUGAAGUACUUAAUGAAGAGCUGCAAAAACCUCAAGGGUGGCCUUCAGGAAGUGGCAGAUCAGCUGGAUUUGCAGCGAAUUGGACGACAACACCAGGCAGGAUCAGACUCUCUUCUCACAGGAAUGGCAUUUUUCAGAAUGAAAGAGUUAUUUUUUGAGGAUACAAUUGAUGAUGCAAAGUAUUGCGGACGACUGUAUGGCCUUGGCACGGGAGUGGCUCAGAAACAAAAUGAAGAUGUGGACUCAGCCCAAGAGAAAAUGAGCAUUUUGGCCAUUAUCAACAACAUGCAGCCGUGAUGAGUGGUGCCCCUCAGCAGAACAUGUUUACCAUAUUGGCAGCUGCUGUCCUCAACCAUUUUCCCUAAACUAUGUCUCAAACAAAAAGCAUCUCCAGUACACAGGCUGCACCAAGCCUUGCAGUUUUGCUGAAGAGCUGCAUUUUCCUUUGAAACCCAGAAGAGUUGACUGAAUUCCUAAUGCCAGCAUUUGUGGUUUGCCAUAUUUUUAAUACCAAGGGCAAAGGACAGAAUCUACUGUGUAUACCUCUGGUUUUUUCCUCUUUAUACUAUACAAUCUGCAAGGAAGAUUUACCAGUAGAAAAUAUUGGGUAGAACUGAGGGUUGGGAAACGCAGUGAAAAUGGACACAGACACGCACACAAAUUUGCAGUUUGUGUUUUAUAAAGCUUCUUUUAAAACUUCUGCAUGUUGUGAGGGUGACAGCUUCACCUCAUGUGUUGCUUAUUUUAUCUCUUUGUCUGUGGAAAUUGCUCCCUUUGAUCACUGCAGAGGUUUGGGAACGGAUGCAAAUUAAAAAUGAUCCUUGCAGCUAAAAAUAUUUAGAGAUUUGCUUUAACAACACAGGGAAGGGAGAUUAAUGUAGCUGAUUUGAUCAGCACUCCUUAGUUUCUAAUUCUGUUACUGCUUUGACUCAUACUAAACCUCAGCUUUGUUCUUACGGGUAUUAAGGAACUGUUCUGGAAAUACAUUCAGAGGCCCAAAAGCUCACCUUUGACAGGGGAUUGGACCAAUACUCUGAUUUCAGUUUUCUUCAGCCUAUAAAUUUUAUUCUCCUGCAACACAACUAGGUCAGCAUGGACAAAUAUUUGUUCCUCUUCUCCCCGCUGCUUCUCCAGCCCCUAAUUUUACAAUGUGCUUAACAGCUAAAACAGGGUUUUGGAUUUUUUUUUCCUGAGUUUCUGAUUUUUUUUUUUUUUCAUUAUAAACACCUGAAAAGUAAUUAAGAGGAUGAAGAACUUGGGAUUCUGACUUUGAAAAACAUUCUAUAGUGAUUUUUUUUUUUCAACAGCUCUGUAAAUGACAUUUCUUAAAAGAACCCUUUUGGACAUGUCAAAAAUUUUUAAGACUUUGGCAUUUUGAAGAAACUUAAUCCAAUAUUAAAGAGUUGAGGUUUAGAGCUGGUAUUUGAAAUGUUUGUAAAGACUAGUUUUUAUUUUUUAUAAAAUAAAUUUUUUAAAACCAGGCUUUGUUUUGGAUUUUCCAUCAAGCACUAGAAUUUCCACACUUGAGGCUUUGGAAUCUGAAUUUGGGAGGUACAUGCCUGAAGCUGUUCAAGUUUGUUUCCUUUACCCCUUAUGAUGUGUUCCUGGGGUAGCUCAUAGUAAAAUGUGUUUUGAGCUUAUUGUAUAGUAACUGGGGAAAGCUAAGCUGAAGGGCUCUGGCAGAGUUGUAUUCUCUCUCUGCUGUUCUCUCAGCACAGCUCACAGUCUGGUGCAGGAUUCCUAAGGCCACUUAAAGGGACAAACUAAUGUGUGAAGUUUUCUGCUCCAUCCAAACUCCAGUGGUUCCUGCUGUAAGUGCAGGAAGGCAGUUUGGUUAAGCACUGGCUCCCCCACCUGGUUUUCAGGUGCUUUGUACAGAAUUUAUCAAAUUCAAAGUGUAGGAAACACUUCACUGGUUAAACACAUCUACAGCACG